AUGAAUCAAAAUAAUGAUAGUGUCAUAAUAGAUAAGAAUAUAAAUCAGAAUGAUUUAAAAAUUUUAAAAAUAGCUACUCAGAAUAUAGGAGAAAUAGCAAACAUUACAAAGCAAAUAGAUUGGUUGAAAUUCUGUGAAGAUAAAGACUUAGAUAUAAUUGGACUAACAGAAACCUGCACAAAAGAUGAAAAUUGUAAAUAUAUAUUCAAAAAGGAUACAAUAAAAGAAAUACAAAAGAAAGAUAAAAAUGUCAAUGAAUACAAAUAUUUUUGGGCAAAUGGACAACAAACAAAUG